CCAUUUACUAAUUUCGAAUGCACGUGUCACCUUUGUCCAGCACACGUUCAAAUGCAGAAUAAAAAUGAAAUAUAUUUUAAAGAAAUAAUUCGUCAACAAAAUUACUUCAAGGCGCAAUUGUGGCAAACGUCCGAAGACAUUCGAGAGAUAAAAAAUAUUGGAUUAAAUCAAUCUAAUGGCAUUAAUAAUGGCAUUCAAAGACAGGAAUCAGUUUUCUGUUUUUUUACACUUCCAUUAGAAACGGAAGAAGAAUUACAAGAAGUCGAGCAAUUUUUAAAAAACCAAGUCAAUUUUGAGACAUCGGUAACAGAAGCAUUACGUACUGGUGGCAAACAUUGCUAUGAAUUUGUGAAACGAAAUUUGAACCAACUUCUAAGUAAUAAAUUAGCACAAACCUACAGUUGGUUUGGAAAGAAACAUAAAAAGAAGUUUUAUGAAUUGAAAUUGGCGGAAAUGUUAAUUGCUGCAGGGGAAAGAUACAACGAAUCAUUUACGAAAAAGGAUAUAGAAGAAUCUGCACAAAAGUGGCUACGAAGAGCAAAGGAACGAUUCGAUGCAAGUGAAACAAAAUUGGCGAAUAUGAAAUGAAUAAUUUUUACAAAAUGCUAUAAGAUAUAAGCCAUAUGACUUCGAUUAUUCAACUGAUAUGUGUGAUCAAAGACAAGUUUUAUUUAUUGCAUUAUUUUUAUUUUUUGUUUAGUUGUUUUCUGAGCGACAUUAUAUUAAGAAAAAGAUAGAUUUUCUAUAAAACACGCCGUCAAAUUUAAUUUAAACGUAUAAAUAACACGUUAAACAAUAUUUAGAUU